GUGGGAAGAUGGCGGACGGAAAGGGAGACGCCGCCGCCGCUGCCGGGGCCGGGGCUGAGGCUCCGGCGGUAGCGGGAGCCGGAGAUGGAGCCGAGACUGAGUCCAUGGCUCGGGGUCAUCGCCCUGCAUCUCCGGCGCCUGGAGCCCCGGGCCUGCGACCGUGUCUAUGGCAGUUGGAGACAGAGCUGAGGGAGCAGGAGGUGUCGGAGGUCUCAUCUUUGAACUACUGCCGGAGCUUCUGCCAGACCUUACUGCAAUAUGCAAGCAACAAGAAUGCAUCAGAACAUAUUGUGUAUCUUCUGGAGGUAUAUCGACUCGCCAUCCAAAGCUUUGCCAGUGCACGUCCAUUUUUAACUACUGAAUGUGAAGAUGUCCUCCUAGUGCUUGGCCGAUUAGUACUGAGUUGUUUUGAAUUACUACUUUCAGUGUCUGAAAGUGAACUGCCACGUGAAGUCUGGGUACCAUUCCUUCAGUCUCUACAGGAGUCACAUGAUGCAUUGUUGGAGUUUGGAAAUAAUAACCUACAAAUACUGGUUCAUGUUACCAAGGAAGGGGUGUGGAAGAACCCAGUUCUUCUUAAAAUUCUAUCUCAACAGCCAGUAGAAGCAGAGGAAGUCAAUAAGUUGAUUGCACAAGAAGGACCUUCCUUCCUACAAAUGCGAAUAAAACAUUUGUUGAAAUCUAACUGCAUCCCCCAGGCUACUGCUUUGUCAAAACUAUGUGCAGAAUCUAAGGAGAUUGCACAUGUGUCAUCUUUUCAGCAAGCUUAUAUCACAUGUUUAUGUUCCAUGCUCCCUAGUGAAGAAGCGAUUAAGGAGAUUGCAAAGGUCGACUGCAAGGAAGUACUAGACAUCAUUUGUAAUCUGGAAUCUGAGGGUCAGGAUAACACAGCAUUUGUUCUUUGUACGACUUACCUUACCCAGCAGCUCCAAACUGCAAGUGUAUAUUGUUCUUGGGAGCUGACUCUUUUUUGGAGUAAACUGCAAAGAAGAAUUGACCCUUCUUUAGAUACUUUUUUGGAGCGCUGUCGUCAGUUUGGUGUCAUAGCUAAAACACAGCAGCAUUUGUUUUGCCUGAUUAGAGUUAUACAAACUGAAGCACAAGAUGCUGGUCUUGGGGUAUCAAUUCUGCUGUGUGUCAGAGCUCUUCAACUAAGAUCAAGUGAAGAUGAAGAAAUGAAGGCAUCAGUCUGUAAAACAAUUUCCUGUCUUUUACCAGAAGAUUUAGAAGUUAGACGAGCCUGUCAACUUACAGAAUUCUUAAUUGAACCCAGUUUGGAUGGAUUUAAUAUGUUGGAAGAACUGUAUUUGCAACCAGAUCAAAAAUUUGAUGAAGAAAAUGCACCAGUUCCAAAUUCUCUCCGAUGUGAGCUCUUGUUAGCUUUAAAAGCCCACUGGCCUUUUGAUCCUGAAUUUUGGGACUGGAAAACUUUAAAACGACACUGCCACCAACUCCUAGGACAAGAAGCCUCCGAUUCUGAUGAUGAUUUAAGUGGCUAUGAAAUGUCUAUUAAUGACACCGAUGUUUUAGAGUCAUUUCUCAGUGACUAUGAUGAAGGUAAAGAAGAUAAACAAUACAGAAGAAGAGAUUUGGCAGAUCAGCAUAAGGAGAAAAGAGACAAAAAGCCCAUUGGUUCUUCUGAAAGAUACCAGAGGUGGCUUCAGUAUAAGUUUUUCUGUUUAUUAUGUAAACGGGAAUGUAUAGAGGCCAGGAUUCUUCAUCAUUCUAAGAUGCAUAUGGAAGAUGGAAUUUAUACCUGUCCAGUUUGUAUUAAAAAGUUCAAGAGAAAAGAAAUAUUUGUUCCUCAUGUGAUGGAACAUGUUAAGAUGCCACCAAGCAGAAGGGACCGCUCUAGAAAGAAAUUACUGUUAAAAGGCUCUCAAAAGGGUAUUUGUCCUAAGAGCCCCUCUGCAGCCUUGGAACAAAAUCAGUCAUUGAGUGAACAAGCCAAAGGAGAAUCUCAUGAAUAUGUCACAUUCAGCAAAUUAGAAGAUUGCCACCUGCAGGACAGAGAUUUGUACCCAUGUCCUGGUACAGACUGUUCCCGUGUGUUUAAACAAUUUAAAUACUUAAGUGUGCAUCUUAAAGCUGAACACCAAAAUAAUGAUGAAAAUGCCAAGCACUACUUGGAUAUGAAAAAUAGAAGAGAAAAGUGUACUUAUUGUCGGCGACAUUUCAUGUCUGCUUUUCACCUGCGAGAACAUGAACAAGUGCAUUGUGGUCCUCAGCCUUACAUGUGUGUAUCUAUAGAUUGCUAUGCUAGGUUUGGAUCAGUGAAUGAACUACUUAAUCAUAAACAAAAACAUGAUGAUCUUCGUUAUAAAUGUGAAUUAAAUGGCUGUAAUAUUGUUUUCAGUGACUUGGGACAGCUUUACCACCAUGAAGCACAACAUUUUAGGGAUGCAUCCUAUACAUGCAACUUUCUUGGCUGUAAAAAGUUCUAUUAUUCCAAAAUUGAAUACCAGAACCACCUCUCAAUGCAUAAUGUUGAAAGUUCAGAUGGAGGCAUAAAGAAAUCUGUGAAACUUGAGGAGCUUGCAGCAGGAGAAAAGCAAGAUUGUGUUGAUCAGUCCCAUCUACUUGACCAAACUGAUAAGUCACAUUUACCCGAGGAUCUUUUCUGUGCAGGAACUGCUGGCUCUCAAAUAGAUGCUGCAGAAAAUCUGAAAGAAAACAGUGACAGUAAUUCUAGUGAUCAGUUAAGUCAUAGCUCUUCAGCUUCAAUGAAUGAAGAGUUAAUUGACCCACUAGAUCACUCCGAAACCAUGCAGGAUAUAUUAUUAUCUCAUGAGAAAGUUUUUGUGUCCUCAAGUUUAAAAGAAAAAUGUUCCAAUAUGGCAGUUUGUUUUGAUGGGACUAAGUUUACCUGUGGUUUUGAUGGCUGUGGUUCCACAUACAAAAAUGCAAGGGGGAUGCAGAAGCAUUUACGGAAGGUGCAUCCAUACCAUUUCAAACCCAAGAAGAUAAAGACGAAAGACCUUUUCCCCUGUUUGGGUAAUGAACACAAUCAGACAACUGACAAGUUUGAUGCAGAACCUAAGCCCAGCUCAGAUACAAACAGUGACUCUCCAGAUGAAGGUCUAGAUCACAAUAUUCAUACUAAAUGUAAGCGAGAACAUCAAGGUUAUUCCUCAGAAGCCUCCAUUUGUGCUUCUAAAAGGCCAUGUACAGAGGAUACUAUGUUGGAACUUCUGUUACGCUUGAAACAUUUAAGCUUGAAAAACUCAAUAGCACAUGGAUCUUUCUCAGGGUCAUUGCAGGGGUACCCAUCCAGUGGUGCUAAGUCUCUUCAGUCUGUUUCAUCUAUCUCAGACCUUAAUUUUCAGAAUCAAGAUGAAAAUAUGCCAAGUCAGUACCUUGCACAAUUGGCUGCUAAGCCUUUUUUCUGUGAGCUUCAAGGAUGCAAGUAUGAAUUUGUGACCAGAGAGGCUUUGUUAAUGCAUUACCUUAAAAAGCAUAAUUACUCGAAAGAAAAAGUCCUUCAGUUAACCAUGUUUCAACACCGGUACUCUCCAUUCCGGUGUCAUAUUUGCCAAAGGUCAUUUACGAGAAAAACCCACCUGAGGAUUCAUUAUAAAAAUAAACAUCAAAUUGGCAGUGACAGAGCAACUCAUAAACUGUUAGACAAUGAAAAAUGUGAUCAUGAAGGCCCUUGCUCAGUAGACAGAUUGAAAGGUGAUUGUUCUGCCGAACUUAGAGGUGAUCCCAGCAGUAACUCUGAGAAGACACAGUGUCAUUCUAAAAAAGAUGAAUGCAGUUCAGAAACAGAUUUGGAAUCAUCUUGUGAAGAAACAGAAAGUAAAACAUCUGAUAUUUCAUCACCAGUAGGCGGCCAUAGAGAAGAAGGAGAAGGAAGAGAGGGAAGAGGUAGCAGGCGAACUGUUGCUAAAGGAAAUCUGUGCUAUAUUUUGAAUAAAUACCACAAACCAUUCCAUUGUAUCCAUAAAACUUGCAACUCCUCAUUCACCAAUCUGAAAGGUUUGAUUCGCCAUUACAGAACUGUACAUCAGUACAACAAAGAACAGUUAUGUUUAGAAAAGGACAAAGCAAGAACCAAAAGGGAACUUGUAAAAUGUAAAAAGAUAUUUGCUUGCAAAUACAAGGAAUGUAACAAACGCUUCCUGUGUUCCAAAGCUCUUGCUAAGCACUGUAGUGACUCUCAUAACCUAGACCAUAUUGAAGAGCCAAAAGUACUUUCUGAAGCUGAAUCUAUGGCAAGGUUUUCCUGUAACCAGCCUCAGUGCCCUGCUGUUUUUUAUACAUUCAGCAAGUUGAAACACCACUUGGUGGAACAGCAUAAUAUUGAAGGAGAAAUACAUUCAGAUUAUGAAAUUCAUUGUGAUCUUAAUGGCUGUGGCCAGAUCUUCACUCAUCGCAGUAAUUACUCACAACAUGUAUAUUACCGACAUAAGGACUAUUAUGAUGAUCUCUUCAGAAGCCAGAAAGUAGCAAAUGAAAGGCUACUACGGAGUGAAAAGGUUUGUCCAACAGCUCAUACUCAGUUGCAAGAACAUCAAACUACCAGGAGGUCAUUUAAUGCUAAAACUAAAAAAUGUGGCUUAAUCAAAGAAAAGAAAGCUCCAAUUAGUUUUAAAACAAGAGCUGAAGCCCUCCAUAUGUGUGUAGAGCAGUCAGAGCACACACAGUACCCCUGUAUGGUUCAAGGAUGUUUAUCUGUGGUGAAGUUGGAGAGCAGCAUAGUGAGGCAUUACAAACGUACCCAUCAGAUGAGUAGUGCCUAUUUAGAGCAACAAAUGGAAAACCUUGUUGUUUGUGUUAAGUACGGUACAAAAAUUAGAGAACCCCCUUCUGAAGCAGAGCCCUGUAUAAAGAAAGAAGAAAGUAGAAGCUGUGAAUCAGAGCAUGCAAAGCACAGCCAUUCUCCGGGUGACAGCAGUGCAACCCUCCAGAACACUGAUUCCUGCCAUCCAGGUGAAAGAAAUGGAUGUCAGAAAGGGUGUACAGAAAACAACCCAGUAUUUGAUGCAGACACUCUGCUCUACAGGGGAACUUUGAAAUGCAACCACAGUUCAGAAACCACUUCUUUGGAACAAUGUAAUAUAGUUCAGUCUCCUCCCUGUAAAAUAGAAAAUUUCAUACCUAAUCCCAGUGGAACUGAAAAUGGGACUUACUUCACGAAUUUCCAACUGCCUUUACCAAGGAUCAAAGAAGAAACUGGGCAGCAUAGUUCAGGGCAAGAAAACACUGUAAAAAAUUCAACCCAUGUCCCAAAAGAGAGUUUUAGGAAGCAUUUACAACCUAAGUCAUUUGAUUUGAAGACUUACAAACCUAUGGGAUUUGAAUCUUCAUUUCUGAAAUUUAUUCAGGAAAGUGAAGAGAAAGAAGAUGAUUUUGAUGACUGGGAGCCUUCAGAGCACUUAACAUUAAGUAAUUCUUCACAACCCAGUAUUGGCUUAACAGGGAGUGAUAUGGCAAAUAAUAUGGUGAAUGACAAUGACCCAGAAGUUGACAUACCUCAUUCUUCCAGUGACUCUACAAUUCAUGAGAACCUGACUUCAAUCCCACCUUUAAUAGUAGCUGAAACAGCAACAGUUCCUUCCUUGGAAAACCUGAGGGUUGUAUUGGACAAAGCAUUAACAGACUGUGGAGAGCUUGCCUUAAAACAGCUUCAUUAUCUUCGACCAGUGGUUGUGCUUGAAAGAUCUAAGUUUUCCACACCAAUCUUAGACUUGUUCCCGACAAAAAAGACAGAUGAGCUUUGUGUAGGAAGUUCCUAAAUAGCAAUUUUGCUUUAGAAACAGACUGGCUCCAACACUGCAACAUGGGGACAAUUGCCAACAUGAACAAAGGCUGAGAACCAGCCACACUGUUGUUUAGGGUAGAAUAGGCUGUGUAUUUACAUGAAUGUAUAAUAUCUAUGUCAGCAGAAUUGGCUGAGUCCAUUAGCUCUCCAGUUGGUUUAUUGAUU